AUGGAAAAUCUUGGACAUAGGUUCUUGAUGAGUAGCGAUGCUAACUAUUUGGGGAGGCUUAAAUCUUUGGCGGUGGCCGUGGAUAUAAUGAAUACGAAAGAACUUGAGAUGUUCAGGCAAAUUUUAGUUGCAUGGAAUGGAAUCAUGAAAAAGUUGGAUAUAUGUUUUAAGAUGUUUAAUUUCAGUGGUUUGAAUAAGAAACAGUUUGCAUUAGCUUCGCGUUUUAUAACGCAAGGGACCGUGAUGAACACGAUGAUGAUCGAGACGUCUUUGAUUCCUCCAGUUGAGAAGUUUUAUAUAGAAGCGGCCGUUGCAAAACUGAUGGAACUUCCAAAGGGUAAUAAGAACCUUAGUAUUGGAUACUUCUGA